CAGGACCGAAAGACGUAUAAUGGGCAGCGUAUUUCAAACUCUUUCUUCUUCCUCCUCGUGUUUUUGCCAACACAUUUACAGUUCCGUUACUACUUCAAUUUCUAUUCAGAGUAAGCCGUCAUCCUCCUCACCCUAUAAGUAUCACGCCGCCCCCACAUAUACGUUACAACAACUUCUGGUUUCUUUUCUUCCUCCACCGCCCCCUGACUCGAUAAUAAGCAUAUAUCACGCAGCAGAUUGCUAGAUUACAGUCAGAUCAUCCGUUACCGAUCAACUUCACUCCAGUGAAACUUUCCUGCAAUUUCUUCGAUCCAAGGUGAUCAAUAACAAAGAUACCUUUGGUUGAGGAGGCGAAUAAAAAGAGUUUUAUAAAAAUGAAUGAUCAAGAAUCAGAUUCUGGAUUCCUCAAUCUUUUCGAUGUAGACAAGUUCUUCUAUUAUUCAUAUGGAGAGAGUGGUCAGCCUGAAGCUGGAAUUGGUCAACAACAACAUACUGAUGAUGACACAGUUUACUAUAACAACACCAAUCUUGAUGAGGAAAUCGCUCAUGCGUUGCAAAACCAGCUCUCAAUUACAGGAGAAUCUAGAGCUUACUAUAACGAAGGGUGUUAUCAUGGCCAGCAAUUCCCCAGCGAUGAUGGUGUCCAGUCAUGGCAGGUUAUUGAUGACUAUCCAUCUAAGGAUCAUUUUUCUG